GGAAGGCGAGUCUCCAUUGGCAUUAGGUAGCAGCGGCCCAAAGUGACGUCCGAGUCCACAUCAGAAUCAGCAGCAGAGCAGAGCAGGCAGCAACCGCAGGCACCAACAAACAGGUCGGGGACAUCGGUGGUCGUCCCCACGAAGGGCUCCGUUAACCAUUUGACCGUCUCAUGACCUGGCCGCCGCCUUCAUCGCUGCGCUCCUUGAGCAGCAGCAGCAGCAGCAGCUAUGAGGCCGACUGGGACUCGGACUCGGGCCUCUCGGCCGCGCAGCUGGACGCGCUGCACACGGUGAUCCUGUGCUGCUGCGCGCUGUCGCUGGGCGGCUGCCUCUACAUCGUGCGGCACCACUACGUCUCGGCGCGGCUGCACAGCGGCGUCUCCAUGGUGCAGAAGAUGGUGGUCGUGCUCUCGGUCUUCGACGCGGGUCUGUCCUUCCCCAAGAUGUUCGGCAACCUGCUCUCGCGGGACGCGAGCGACGACGUGAGCGCCGCCUGCAACGUGCAGGCCGUGGCGCUGCACGUCUUCGGGCUCAUGUCCGUCUUCUGGAACGCCGCCAUCGCCCACUGCUUCUACCGCAAGAUCGUGCACCGCGACAGCGAGGCGCGGCUCAAGAGCAGGUUCAAGCUCUACGUGCUGCUGGUGAUCGUGCCCGCCGUGGCCUGCAGCGUGGCGCUCUACGCCGCGAGGCUCUUCGGAGACGCCACGUUCUACUGCUGGGUCGAGUCGCGCGCCAAGCAGUUCUGGACGUUCUACCUCUUCGUGGUGCUCGCCAUCCUCUACAUCAGCGCCAUCCUCUGGGUCACGCACACGCGCAUCUCGCGCGACUUCCGGGACGCCAACCUGGACGCGCAGGAGUCGUGGGCGCUCAUCACGUCCAAGCUGCGGAUCUACAUCGCCGCCUUCAUCGUGCUCUGGACGCCCAGCACGGUCUUCCGACUGUUUGACCAGGAGCUAGGCUCUGCGAGGUUCGCGGUGGCUGUAUUGAUGCAGGUGACCGUGUGCACACAGGGCUUGAUGACCGCUAUUAUCUACGGAGGGCUGCUGACCAAGCUGUACCGGAUAGUCUCGUGCAAGUCGUCCAUCUCGCCAGCGAGGAAGUUUGUCAACUCGCCGUCGUUCCCCACGAUGGACACGGGCACCGACCACAGUCUGGUGAAGCACUACCGCCAGCCAGCGAACAUCUUCGUGUCGACGUUCAACAUGGGCGAGGCACGACUCACGCCCGCUCAACUGGACAAGUGGAUUCCGCUCGGACACGAUAUUUACGUCAUCGGACUCCAGGAGUGUCUGCAUCUGGCGAACACCCGCAGCUUGAUCCGUCAGCAUCUUGAAGGCGGGCGUCCUCGACCAGCAGCUAGCGGACACGCGCGUCGAGCAUCGAAGUUCCAUCAGUUCAACCGCGAGAUUGGCAGCAAGAACACAUCACUGGGCUACCAUGGCCACAUCGCUAUCACAGUCUUCAUCAAGUCGUCGGAUGUGGAUAGCGGCGCCUUCUACAUGCCUCCCGUGGUGCAGCAAGAGGUCAACGUCGGGAAGUCUCUGGUACUGGGUCGCGCAUCCAACAAAGGCGCGGUCGGCUUCGCCUUCCGCUAUUACGACACAUCGUUCGCUUUCGUCGCGUGUCAUUUAUCGUCGGACCCCAAGGGAAAGUCAAAGGUUCGGCGGCGAAAUCGCGACUCGCAGGAUAUUCUGAAGGAGCUGCAUCUGAACCUGGAAGACGUGGGCUUCGAGUUCCCCCACGUCCACCACCACAGCUUCGUACUAGGCGACCUCAACUACAGACUGACGCAGCGAGAAGCUAGCGCAGACACCAUCCUAGAGCUGGUGUCCAAGGUGCGCCAGUGCGAGACUGCGAAGCCUGCGCCGAUGAAACGCAAUCGCAGCUUGCGCCGCGGACUGCUGGGCAAACGCUGGAGUCCCAUGGGCACUCGCGGUCUCAGCAGCUCUUUCGGACUCGGCAGCUCUCUCGGUGCCGCCAGUGACAGGGACAGCAACGAUCUGGACGUCAGCAUGCUGGAGCGCAGCGUGAAGAGCUACACGUCGGCACUUGCGUCUUCGCACGGUAGCAACAACAGCAUCCGGUACUCAGCAGACUGCGAGCUCGUGGACGACGACCAGUUCGUGUGGGAUGACGUGCUAGCGCACGAUGAGCUCCGCACUGGGAUGCGAGACGGGCAGAUUUUCUACGGCUUCCGCGAGGCGAAGAUUGCGUUCCCGCCGACAUUCCGUCGUGUACGCGGAGCAGCUUUGAACCUGGAUGCUGGGAAUUGGCCGGUUGAGGAGCUGGCAGGGUGCUACACCACCGCAGUAGAGGGCCACGGCAUGCGCGUACCAUCGUACACAGAUCGGAUUUUGUUCUUCUCCCAGCCCGACAUGCGCCACCGCCUUCGGUGUGCUGCGUACGCCUCGUGCGAAGAAGUGAGCUGCUCAGACCACAAGCCGGUGCUUGCUGUCUUCCAGGCGCUAGUGAACCGCGACAUCCUGCCGAUCGAGACGGAACUGGCAACCAAGAAGCUUCAGCGCAUGCAGGACGUCAGCGGCGUGCUCGAGUGCCAGCUACGAUUGGACUUCAGCAACAUUUCGUGGCAGCCUGACACCGAGGCCGACUUCCCUCUCACCUCGAUCGGCAGCUCUAUCGAUAUGGACCAGCGCUUCUCGAGCUUCGAUCGCCAUGGACACCAAGUGAUGGUGACGAUCGUCUUCCCGCUGCCGUCGGAAGAUAUUUUCUCGGCGCAGCGGAAGCUGCUGGAGCUCGCGGACUCGAUGAGUGGCGGCGUGUACCUGGAGAACACGGAUCGGCUGCUGUGCAAGACCAACGUGGCUCACGUCAAGUGGGCGGACUUUGUGCGUGACGGCAUCACGCACGCCACGUAUGCUCGACCGACGGGGAACAUGCACGUAGCGAUCAAGGUGCACGCCGGCACUCAAGGCCCAUGCUUCGGUCAAGGAGUGAUCUGCAUCCCGCAGAGCUCACACGACGACAGCGAUGAUGCACCCGAUGGGAUCCAGAAGGCCAACAACUUUGUCGUGGAACUGGCUGAUGGCGGGAGGCAUACAGGCACGCUGUCGGGCUCAGUGAGUCUGCUCCUCCUGCAGCGCGCAAGUGGCGCAUAA